AUGCGAGACGUCUGGCCAAACACCUCGACGGACCAGCAAGCGCCAGUCACGAGUGGCGAGACUCGCGUUUCCCAGAACUGCUCUUUUUCGCCAAGCAACAGUAGUUUCACCUCAGGGCAACGUCAGUUCAACUCCAGCACUUCGACAAUUGAUUUUGCAAGACGAGUUUUCAAUGAAGAGGAAACCGGCCGGACAUUUACAGGGGCUUCUGUCCCCGGUGACAGUGGAGUCUCUAGUGCAGACCACUCCCUUUGGGGGUUAAAAGAAAUGCAAUUUCCGCCCUUGCCAGUGAUGUUAGCCUUGAUUGACGCCUAUUUCCAUCGAAUGCAGUGGUUCAUGCUGCUAUUCCACGAAACUUCGUUUCGAGAAACAGCUGAUAGUCUAAUCUCAAAGCAAGUCUGGAGCCGACAGGAACUAAGUGCCGUUAUUAGUGUUCUCUCAGUGAGUCUUAUCGGUCUGCAGUCAGUCUUACCAGAUCGAAAAUGGUCCGGGCAUGAACUCUUACAAACGUACGGACUGGAUGCGCAUGUUUUAUUGAAUGGAUUUCUCGCCGAAAUCCGACUUCGUUUUGUCGACGUUCUCGAAGACUGUCGAAUUGAGGGAGUCCAGUCAUGUAUACUCUUGUCCAGUUACUAUGUUUUUCACAACUCUCCGAGCCUUGCCUGGACCAUGUUCGGCAUGGCAAUGAGGAUUGCGUACGCCCUUGAUAUGCAGAUACCGCCAUCGGGAAAAAUUCUCAUAGCUGAUGAGAUUCGGUCUCGUUGUUGGAAUAGCAUCAUUGUGUCCGAUACUUUCUCUUCGGUCGUAUACGGACGCCCGGUUUCAAUCGACUCCGCGUUUGCCAGUUUGCAUCCCCUGGAAUUUUCGGAUGACUUGGCGAUCCAUCCAUGGCUGCUAAAUCAUCCGUUAGUAGCAGAUACGGAUCAUGGGAUAACUUCGAUGAUCCCUUUCCAUCUCUUGAAGACAGAAAUCUACAGCCUUAAUCGGGAUAUCAUUUUGCGGUUUCGUGGACUGCCCCUGAAAACAGAGAGCGGAGUGGGAGAGGUCGACCUAAGGGCGAUUGCUCAAAUCGCCCAAGAGGCUGAUGAGGUUCUGACUCACUGGCGCAGAGGACUGCCGAAAUUUUUCGACUUUGAUUAUUGGACUCGUGACGGGAAAUGGAACAUGAUUGAACGAGAACUUAGUUCGCCCUAUGCUCACAAAAUCCGAAAAAAAGUCGAGAUAAUCUACUUUCAAGCCGCUAUACUUCAGCUGACCUACGAUGCUGCUGUGAUUCAGACACAACGACCACUUCUCGAACAGAAGUUUCACAAUUCUACCUCUUCCGUAUCUGUGCUUGACACUAUGCAUAAAUCUUUAGGAGUAGCAACAGCAGCAGCACUCCGGAUAUCACGAAUCCCCGUUCACAAGUUGAACAACCAUUUCGCUGCAUCUUUUGCAUCUAUGCAGCAGUUCACUGCUGGAGUUAUUCUUUGCAUUCAACCUACUAGUCAACCUUUCACCGCUGCUGCUCAUGAAGCCAAAGAGGGGGUAAUGAGGAUUAUCCACAGUAGCAGGGGUUUCAGUCCUUAUAACCGAAUAGCAAAACAAACAGACGAGCUCUUGACGGAGCUACUGAAAGUUACCAUUGAGAGGGAGACGUCACGCGCGUUGAGGGGAACCCGGCCGUCUAGCCCAGAUAGGAGCAUUGCUCUCGAUGAGCAAGCCGGGGGUGCACGGUUUAUGGAUAGGUCGUCUGAAAUUGUAUCCUCUGUCCGAGAUCCCGCAGCAGAGUGUCCGAAUCCGACGGAUGAGGCAAUGCAACGCCAACCGCCUUCAGAAACUGCGAUAUUGGAAUCUGAUUUCAACGAUUCUGUCGGGAAUUCAGAGCCGUUUGAAUUUCCCUCGGCCCAUCUAUUUGAGCAUCUGGACACUAUAUUUGGGGCAUUUGGAGACCUCGGUCGAGAGUUGAUGACGUCUAGCACCGCUCUAAUUGGCUCGAUCGCAGCUCCAGUUCCGUCGGCGGGUCUGGGCAGCGCCGAUGACUUCCAAAUGUUCGGCCUCGGCCUCUGCUCAAGCUCAACACAACAUUCCUUUUCCUGCUGGAAGAAAAAAAAGGAGGCAUAUUCGACCAUGGCAUUGUGCAAUCCGUACGCGCUGCCAACGCGCAUCCUUUCCAGCAGCUUUCACAGCACUGUCAGGCCGACCGUCCGAGUUUUUGGUUGUCAAUGGAGCCACAAGCAUGGGCUCGCAACGGCCACCUCGGCACCGGCAAAGGGCUCAAAGGGACCUACAGCGAUGGUGUUUCUGAACAUGGGCGGUCCUUCGAAGACUGAGGACGUGGAAGAUUUCCUUAGCCGCCUUUUUGCUGAUGGCGACUUGAUCCCUCUGGGACCCCUUCAAAAAUACAUCGGACCUCUCCUCUCACGUCGUCGAACGCCCAAAAUCCAAAAGCAAUACUCAGAAAUUGGUGGAGGAUCGCCCAUUCGCAAAUGGUCGGAACAUCAAUGUGAAGAAAUGUGCAAGCUUCUCGACCAAAUAUCCCCCGAAACUGCUCCACACAAACCAUACGUGGCAUUCCGGUACGCGGCACCAUUGACGGAGGAGAUGUACAAUAGACUACUGGAUGACGGGUUUGGGCGAGGAAACGGCGGCCGCGCUGUUGCUUUCACGCAAUAUCCUCAAUAUUCAUGUUCCACCACCGGGAGCUCUCUCAAUGAGCUGUGGAAGUGGCGGAAUCGGUUAGAAGGACCACGUUCAGGUCAAGAUGCCGAGGGUGCUAUCCAAUGGAGUGUAAUUGACCGCUGGCCUACGCAUCCUGGCCUCGUGGAAGCGUUCGCAAACCUCAUCGAGGAUCAACUUGCUACAUAUCCAGAGGAUAAGAGGUCAGAGGUCUUACUUCUCUUCUCCGCCCAUAGUCUCCCGAUGAGCGUUGUCAACCGCGGGGACCCAUACACGGCCGAAGUGGCCGCCACAGUACAUGCAGUCAUGCAGCGUCUUGGAUUCAAAAACCCUUACAGACUCUGCUGGCAGUCACAGGUUGGACCGUCUGCAUGGCAAGGUGCACAAACAAGCCACACUGUCGAAAACUACGUCAAGAAGGGCUUUACCGACAUGGUACUCGUCCCCAUCGCCUUCACCAGCGACCACAUCGAGACUCUGUACGAGCUCGACCGGGAAGUGAUUCAUGAGGCGGGGCAUCCUGGUGUGAAACGAGCAGAGAGUCUGAACGGAAACAGGACCUUUAUCAAGGCUCUGGCCGACAUUGCUCAGGCCCAUUUAAAAUCGGGGCAGGCGUGUUCCAAACAGAUGACUUUGCGCUGCCAGGGCUGCACCAGCGAGCGGUGUUUGGAGCAGAAGAAAUUCUUUGCCGGCGAUGAGCUCCGGCCUCUUGCAUGGCUUUUAGUCCUCAUCCGAGAAACACACAUCGAUAAACCUGCUUUCCGGGCCGUAAAUGUCAUGGAGAGCCAGGCACCCUUCGCGAUCGAGGCAGACGAAGAUGCGCGCGUGCGGUAUCAAGCACGCACGACGAUCGACGACCCCAGCAUCGCUGAAACUGCCCCAUUGCUGGCAGAGACCUCUCCAGAGUCGUUACUGAACGAACCUGACGGCUCCGAUGACCAUGAGAGACCGUGGUUAGGGUCAGACGAGUUCUCCCGGAAGCCGCCAUGGAGGCGCCCUUCUAUCUUGUGGAUUCUUAUCCCGCUGUUUCUAUUCACCACUGCCUUUGGUGGCAUCGUCGUUCCGAGAAUCGAUCUCAUCCUGAACCUCGUGUGUCGAGACUACUUCGCCAAGCAAGCGUCCCAAGAGCCAGGUUUCACCUAUCUGCCAGUCGUGUUCGGAAAAGAGAAUGAUCAAUGCAAUAUACCAGUAGUGUCGGCGGGCACUUCACAGUUCAUGCUGUACCUCAGUCUCAUAUCAGGACUGCUAUCGGCAAUCGCCAGCCCGCGCCUAGGCGAUCUGUCUGAUCGGUAUGGACGCACACCGCUAUUGGCGCUCUGUAUUUUUGGUACCCUCGCUAUGGAGGCAGUUACUACGUUUGUCGCAGCGAAUUACGAAACCGUGUCGAUCAAUUGGCUUUUAGUGGGAGCCUUCCUGGACGGCCUUUGUGGCUCGUUUACCUUGGCCAUUGCUUUGGCACACUCGUACGGAGCCGACUGCUCGUCUCCAGAGCGAAGAAACGUUAUUUUUGGUCUAUUCCACGCAACUUUGUUUAGCGGAAUCGCAAUCGGCCCGUUCUUAUUCGGCCUCUUGAUCAAGCUGACCGGGAGCAUCCUUGUGAUGUUCUAUACCGUCAUGUGUUUCCACUCCAUUCCCUUUCUCAUGCUUUUGUUUGUGAUUCCCGAGUCCGUUUCCAAAGAACGUCAAAUGGUCGCGAGGGAAAAAUACCACAAAAAGCAAUCGGAAACCGAUAUCACUGUUCUGCGGUCCUUUUUGCGUGAUAUCAACCCUAUCAAUAUUAUCAAACCUCUGGCAAUACUAUUCCCCAAACCCGACAGGGAGCAAACAUACACGCUCGAACAGCGGGCCAUGUUCGGCCCUCUACGGAAAAACUUGAUCCUUUUAGCUUCUAUCGAUACCUUGAUGUUCGGCGUAGCCAUGGGUACGAUGCAAAUCGUCGUCAUCUACGCCAAAUUCGUGUUUCAAUGGGACGACUACCAGUCCAGCAUUUUUGUUUCCGUUACCAACACUGGUCGUGUCAUCACUCUACUUGUCAUAUUUCCGACUAUCACACGAUAUCUACGGGGACCACAGCAAAACGUACAAGCCAACUCAGGGUCUGAUUGGUUGGACAUCGCCUCCAUCCGACUGGCCAUUUUGUUUGAGCUUGCGGGCUAUAUUGGAUAUUCUCUCGCGAGCACCGGCAGUGUGUUUUUAUUUUCUGCGGUGAUAGCUUCAAUUGGAGGAGUGGGUUCGCCUGCUCUGCAAUCGUCAAUCACGAAACAUGUGCCUCCAAGUCGCACAGGUCAGAUCCUGGGCGCAAUGGGCCUCCUUCACGCCCUCGCCCGAGUCGUCUCUCCUAUCAUCUUUAAUCUUAUAUACAGUGCUACUGUCGGAAAGUUCACGCAAACAGUGUUUGUUUGUCUAGCGUCGGUCUUUGGAAUAUCCUCCAUUUUGAGCUGGUUUAUUAUGCCCGGUAUUUAUCUACCAGUGACCCCACCGCCCAGUCGUCAUCCGGAAUAUGCAGAUGAUGAUGUUUCAGAAGACUAA